CGUCGUUUUGCUUCUUCUUCCACCAAAAUUAACUUUUUCCGUUUUUUUAUUUCAGGUCCGAUAUGGAGAUUGAGAGAAACGUUUCAGUCCCUGGUAAGAAGAAUCUAGUUAAAGUCGAGUUCAAGCUUGGGACAGAGCGCUACAUCAUUGAUUCAUCAAACAAGGGUGAUACUGUAUUGGACCAAUUGGUUUCGAUGAAAGUUGAAAGUAUGAAGAUACUCAAAGAUUAUAUCACAAAGCUUAAUGUUCCGGAUGAUGAUGAUGUCCCCGACCAAAUCUUGUCUGAUGAAGAAGGUGAUGAUGUUGCUUCUCCUGUAAUAUGUCCUGUGAAACCUAAGAAGACAAAGAUUUGACUUAUUUUUUUAUUUGUCACUACUUGUCUUGUUAGCUGGUGAUGUGAUCUUGAACCUUUGUCAAAUUUUAUUGUUUGUGUAACAGUUUUGGGGUUUUCUAAAGAGAAUUGUGAGGUUUUGAAUCUUGCUAGUUGGAAUUUAGAAAUGGUGUUACUGAGUUUUUUACUGGAGAUUGGUGAUUGCAUUGCUUGAGAAGAGCAAAUCCAUUGAAUGAUGUA